GCAGCCAGACAGCAAAGUAGUUGCAAAUAACCAAGAAGUUUCUCUUCCAUACUCCUGGAACAUGACUAUUUGUAAUCCCAUCCAAAAAGUGGGAGGGGUUGUGCAACUUGAUCUGCACACUGAGAACUGAUCCUCUUAGGUGUCUCUUCGUAAAUGGGUACAUGGCAGGAGGGCAGGCGCCAAGACGAACAGCAAAGGAAACAAAAAACCAAAAAAAGGAGCAUGUUGACAUUGAAAGGACAUUGUAGUUGGACCUAAAUAUUUUCAGACAAAACAAGGUUGCAUGUGGACAAUGGCAUAAUGAGUAUUGCAAAAACAGAUAAUGCUGUCAACACGGGUGAUACAUCAACCCCUACAACAGAACUGAAGACAGAGAUACCUAAAAGUGCAGAUAGCUCGAAGAUCGAAUUGGUUUCGGUUACAGAGGAAGAUUUCCCCACGCUGGAUACCCCCAACACUCUUAUUGUCAGUACCCUUGGCAGCUUUAUUGCAGACUUUCAACCAGAGAAAGAUCCAGCCACACCGUCAGAGCCUCAUCCUUCAGGUGCACCCAGUCCAACCAUGGCAGUCACUAAAGUUCAGCCAUUUAUUCACGACAAUGACUUGGAUAAUGGAUGGAAGAACAGAGUCAUUGCACAUCGAUUUGAGCUGCUGAUUGCUUCAGGUCUCAUCUUGGUGAUGUGUCUUGCUCUCAGCAUUGGCCUUGGAGUGGGCCUAGGCUGUGUGGGAAAGUUUCGCUGUGGUUCAUCGUCUCAGUGUAUCAGUGCCUUGGCUAAGUGUGAUGGAACCGUAGACUGUGAAAAUGAUGAAGAUGAGCUCGGCUGUGUACGUCUGAGUGGCAGGAGUGCGGUUCUGCAGGUUCAAAAAAGAGGAGAAUGGAAGACUGUCUGCUCUGAGGAAUGGAACAACCAGCUGGGGAUCUCUGCCUGCAAGCAGCUGGGAUACUCCAGGUAUGUGGAGUCCUUCUUCAUAUCUCUGACCUCCAUUGAACAGGACCUUCAAACCAACUUGAUCUCCAUCAACUAUAGUCAAGCAGAGGCCAUUAAGCUCCAGAAUGCCUCAACCUUUAGUAAGAGCCGAUGCAGUUCUGGGAUGGUGACAACUCUGAAAUGUAUUGAGUGUGGUUCUAGGCCUCAGUACAACACCCGAGUUGUUGGGGGUAAUAUCUCUAAACCAGGUCAAUUUCCCUGGCAAGUUAGCCUCAACUUCAGGAGUGAACACCUAUGUGGAGGCUCUAUUAUAACAUCAAUCUGGAUCCUUACUGCAGCCCACUGUGUGUAUGGAUUCGAAAACUCUUCCCUGUGGACAGUUCAUGUGGGGCUGACAGAGCAACUGGUCCAUGGGGCCCAAUUUCUGGCUGUAAAGAGUAUUGUAUACCAUGCUCAGUACCGGCCCAACGGACUAGACUACGACAUUGCACUCAUGAGACUAGAGGAGCCACUUGUUUUUAAUGGCCUUGUGGAACCCAUUUGUUUGCCUAACUAUGGAGAGGAGUUUGCAGCGGGUACAAUGUGCUGGAUCUCUGGUUGGGGAGCAACGGAGGAAGAUGGAGAGGAGAGUGUUGCUCUACGCUCAGCCAUGAUACCACUUAUGUCUACCAAGACCUGCAACCAGCCAGAGGUUUACAAGGGCCUAAUCUCUUCUUGGAUGAUUUGUGCAGGAUACCUGGAAGGAGGAAUUGACUCCUGCCAGGGGGACAGUGGGGGUCCUCUUGCAUGUGAAGACUCUUCUGUGUGGAAGCUUGUUGGAGCAACUAGUUGGGGAAUUGGCUGCGCUGUGAAGAACAAACCAGGAGUUUACACUCGCAUUACAAAGCCACUCAGUUGGAUCCAUCUGCAGAUGGAGAAAGAAGAGGCUUGGAGUCUACCAGCAUAUAAUUGAAGGCUAAGAUUUAUUGGAAACGACUGUAAAAAUCUUUGAAGCGGGACAAAAAAAAUCUGCUUUAAAGUAAAAAUAUAAUCAAGAGGAAACAGUGGGGCAUUCUUUAUUCCAAAAUAGAAAGCUCUAAGGCAAAACAAACAAGAGCAGUGUGAAAAACCCCAAAUGAAAAACAGCUCUGCGAGGUCACAUGGUCUUAGCCAAUUGUCUAACUAACAAGACCGAUUUAAACUAGAUCACUGCAACUAUUGUUCAGUACAAAUUUACCAUGAUUUAGACAAGAGGCACCCCAAUUUGUGGAGUAACAACAGCUUGAUGGAAACAUUUUGAAUACCUUAUUACAUGAAUGUGUGGUGACAGUAGACUAUUUAAUGCUGUCUUUGUCCAAGUUCUUCUUGCAAGGUGCGAACACUGAAACUCUUUUGUCCAUGUAGUAAAAGCAACACAAAGAAAUAAACAAUGACUGCAUCCAAAA